AUGUGUAUGCUAUCACUGUUUGACAAUCUUAAACAUGCAGAUGACAAAUUGAUCAUUUACGCUUCACCAAAUUCGGCAACUGCCAUCGAGCGUCUGCUGUGCGAGCGUGUCUUGUCGAACGCCAACGUGCAUGCGGAGGCGCUGAACCUGAACAGCCGUAUCAUCACUAUUCAGUGCAAGUCCGUGACUGCGCAGUUCCUGAGCGCGGAGUCGACGAAGCGGGAGUCGGUCGCGUUCAUCAAGUCCGUCCUGGACCGCCCGUCGCUACACGCCCACCUGUCACAAGCGCUCAUCGAGGUGCUCAAGCAGAGCUUCUAA